GUCAUUUGCAGACGACAUUCUGAGUUCGAGGCGCCAUUUUUGUAAAAGGAGGAACAGAGGGAUUUUCCCUAAAAAAUGCAGAAAAGCUGACUUAGCUCAAACAAAGUCCCCCCAUCCCCACGGCAGUAAGAAAACGUGAGAGCAUUGGAGUCAGCUGGACCUUUCUGCAUCAGAAAAACAACAACGCUGUCUACCAGUGAUGCAAGGUAUACAGCAGGUGUGUUAUCAGCAAGAGCCAUUCUUCAAGCCUCUGUCAUCCCAGCAGCAAGAGCACCAGCAUAGUUUCUUUAAGAUUGGGAGUACAGACCAGCAAGAAGUAGAAAUGGAGACCCUUUCACACAGUGGGGAGCGCCUUACAAGCCUCCAUUCUCGGCUACAGAAGGAAGCAGAAAAGAUCAACAAAUGGAAACAUCAGACAGAGAUGCAAAUACUACAGAGGGAAAAGAAGAUUCAAGACACCCAGCAAACCAUUGAUUCACAGCGCAAGUCCAUCCUCGAGCUACAGCUUCAGAAUGAGAAUCUCAGCUCCAAACUGCAAGAGGAGAUAGAUGGGCGCGUGGAGAUCAUGAAGAAGAUCACUGCCACGCGAGACAUGUGCUAUCUUCUCAAGGAUCAUGCGGCAAAUGUUGAGGAGAGGAUGGGCAAGUGUGAAGCCAACCGAGAUGAGCUAGAAUCUCUGCAGCAAGACACAGUGCUCCAACUCCAGGAGCUGACAUCAAAAUUCAACAACCUUCGCAUCAAUCAUACUGAGGCGGAGAAAGUUCUAAGCAACAAGGUGAAGGAAAGUGAAAGUGAACUCAACCAGGUCAAGUCUGACUACCAGAAUGAAAAGGUCAACAUGGAGAAAAGACUUGAAGGUUUGAUGCAGCAAUGUUCAGAGAAAGAGAUGGAAAUCUCAAAGCUCACAGGUGCACUAGCAGAUAAGCAAGCUCAGCUUAGUGACCUGGAACGGCAGUGCAACAUGCUGGAGGAACAUGUUGCCAAGCUGGAAGGUGAAGUCAAAUCUCUUCAAGACCAGCUCCAAGAGGCAAGCAACAAGAUUUUCAGCAAGGACAAGGAGAUGGAAAAGAUCUCAGGUGCAUUGAGCAAUGCUGAGGCACAACUGCAGAAAGCUUCAACUGACUGUGAGCAACUUGAGACACAUAUUGGAAUGUUGAAGGAACAGCAUUCAAUUGAAGUGACCAAGAUCAAUCAUCAGCUGGAUACAGUAGAUGAAAUGUUAAAUGCAGAGAAAAUGAAGACAAAGGAUUUAUCCUCCAAGCAACUGAGUGCUGAGCAACAGAUCAGUGAGCUACAAGCAUCAAUAACUGAGCAACACAAACAGAGUGACAAACUGAGAGAGAAAAUGUCUAAAGUGGAAAUGGAAAAGGUAGCAGUUGAGGCUGAAGGGGUACUGUUGAGGGAAAACAUCAUGAAGCUUGAAACAGAGCAGCAGAAUCUAAAGGAGCAAGUGACACAACUACAUACCUCAGUGACGGCCCUGACAGAUGCAAAGACACAUACUGAGGAACAGUUGGCAAGUCUGAAGAAAGAGAAGGACUUAACAGCAAAUGAAGUGAAAGUCCUCACCGAUACAACUGCUACAAGGGAUAAGGAAAUCAAGAAAUUGCAAGAUGACUUGAAAAAGGCAGCUGAGCGUCAAAAAGAGGCAAAGAAGCAGGAGAAAGAACUGAAACAGCAACUGAAGACAAAAGAAGCAGAAGUAGACAAGAUCUCUGCAAAACUCAUGAAAAUCCAGGGUAACCUUGAGGAAACUCAGACUCUAAUGACUACCUUGCAGAGAGACAAUGAUGGAUUGAAAGAAAAAUUGGAUGAAGCAGAACAACAACAGUCCACACUUCAGGCAUCUCUCGACCAUGUCAAUCAAGAAAAGAUCUCCCUAAAGGACACAAUGCAACAGUUAGAAGAAUGCCUUAAGGCACAAGAUAAAGAGGCAGUUGGGAAGAUACACCAACAUCAGGAGAAUACCAAAGCCCUUCAGAAUGAGCUCGACUGCAACAAAAAGUCGAUGACUAAACUUGAAAACCGAGUGAAGUCACUAGAGAAACAGGUGACUGAAAAGUCUAACAAAAUAAAAGAUCUUCAGCAAGACAACAAAACCGUGAAGAAAGAGCUGGCCAUCCACCUCAAAUUGUCAACUGGAUUUGAAGAGAAGGCCAAGUCCCACGAGGAAGAGAUUGCACAGGUGAAAAAAGCAGCUGAAGACACAAAGAACGAAUUGUCCACCGCGAAAGGGGAAGUUCAACGCGCGAUGGCGGACAAAGAACAAGUCCAAGCACAUUGUGAUCAGCAGAUUAUGGAAAUGACGGCCACGCUGGAAAAGUACAAAGCCGAGAAUCAGAAAAUUGUCAACCAGAAAGACAAAGAGAUCGAGAGGAUGAAGAAAGAGCACCAGUCCUCAAAGAAACAGGAGGUACAGGUGUCUGAUAUAAGGUCGCAACUUCAAAGCGUGCAACAGCAGCUAGAAGACGUGAAGAAGGAGAAAGACGAAAUAGCGAAAGGACAGAAGGAGUACCAACAGCAGGUUGACACGCUGAAGAAAACCAUCGAAGAUAAAGAAACCCAACUGAAAGAACUUCGAGCAGAUCUCAAGAAAGCCAAAGUUGAUGCUCUGCCUCCUACUACGCCAAGGAAUUACUCAACACCUAAGAAUUACUCAACGCCGAAGAUCAACGCUCCUCCAUCCGCCUCUCUACAGCAGAGGCAUGCCGCACGCAGAAACACGUCACGCAAGGAAAAUGUGCCGAAAACAGAUCCUAUGGUUCCCCUGGCCGCAUCAACGCCGAUCCAGAACAAGACUCCACUACAACGGAUCAGCAAACGUCCCGAGAGCGAACCAAAGAAACGACGAGUCGCCUUCGACAUGACGGAGAAGACCAUGGAAAUAUCCAUGGAUGGCGGGGACUCGGAGGCCAACUCGUCCACGUCGGAACUCAUGGAGCUGGAUCCAGAAGACCUGCUGUCCGGAAAACCUCGUGGUGAUCAGCAGGUCCCCGGGCAAGCGUCACUCCAGGUUCACAAGUCUCCCUCCCACGGGAUUCUCAAGUCGCCGGCUUUCGUCCGCAAGUCGCCAGCUGCACGUCUUAACCAAGCUCGAGCGUCUCCUGUAACGAAGACGCCAACACCACGCGGAAGUAAAUCCUACAAAGUCCACAUCUCCGACUCCUGGGGUAAGAAAAACAAGAACAUCAAGCAAGGGCCGAGCAAGACGCCUAAGACAAAGGAGCAAGCAAAGAAAAGAAACAAGCCGUCCGGGAGAGGAGAGGACUUGUCGUGGUUCGAGUCUGAUACUGUUUUUGGCUUCUUUGAGUGAAUAUAUUUAAAAGAACCGUUAAGACGUUUCUACAUAUGAACUCGGUUAGAGUUUGUAGUUGCAGGUUCUCUUUCACUUUUAAUGAAAUAAGAGUUGCGUGUUCAUGUUUCACUAGUAACGAUGCUAAUUCAAAUAUUGCUGGACAGCGUGUAUGAUACGUGCCGUUAGGUCUGUUCCUAUCUUCGUACAUGUGUCCUUUCCAACAUUUAUAUGUUGAGCUUUCCUUCAUUCUAUUAGGUAUAUUGAAAAUUAUAACUUUGUAUAGGUAGAUCAUCGUUAUAAUUUUUCAUUCUUCUAAGUAUAUUUUAAGCAAUGCAGUUUUCUGGCAUGUUAGGACGACGAAGUUUUGCAUUUGAAUGUCAAACGUUACUGAAUGAAUUUGCUCAGUUAUUUUCUGUCCAGUUGAGUAUCAGAGUUGGAAAUGUUUUUCAAAGAGUUUAGAAACCUAUUCACCAUAAACUUAUAUAGACUAUUUAUUGAAUGAAGAAGUUGACUAUAUGACAACAAAUGUUAUCUAAUUUUAUUUAGUAGACAAAUGCGAUUGUUUAAGCCAUUCUAUUUUUAUCUAAAUACGAAUCAUUUAAACGUAUUCCUUACAUUUCUUCAAAUAUUUGCAGCACGUUUACUCUGUAUAUGUUGCACCUAUCUUGCAUGGCCAGAUGUUUAUUUCAAGGAUGCAAAUUGCAAACUGUUAGAAAUUCUGCUAAAUU